AAUGUCAAUAUAGUUUAGUUUUUAAUAAAGAAUUAAGAAAUAAUUUGCUUGAAAAUGUGUCUUAGCUUUUUGAUGUGUUGUCGCUCUGGAGCUCAACAACGUGAAAGUCUACAAUGUCCCGAGGAGUAUAUAAUGGCUUUAAAAGAUACCACAACUUUAAAACCUGGACAAAUUAGUUAUCUUUAUAAAUGUUUUUGUAAUUUGGCUAAAGAUUCUUCGGAAUACCCUCCUGUGAAUUUAAAGAAAAGUUCAUUUCUGGCUUUAACUAGUUUGCAGCGUAAUCCCAUAUUAUCGAUGCUAUUAACCUCCAUGUUUGGUGAUAAAAAGCGAAUAAAAUUUAUAGAUUUUGCUAAAUAUUUAAGCAAUUUUCAAGCUUGUAGUUCUACCCUAAAACCUCAACAAAUUAACGAGAUUAAACAGAGGAAAUUAAAAAUAUUAUUCAACAUGUAUGAUCACGAUAAGAAUGGCAUUAUAAGCGAAGAAGAUUUAAUCUUUGUGGUGCAUAAACUAUUUUCCGAUAUUUGGACUACCCAACAGAUCAUGAAUGUGGCCUCUAUGAUGAUUUUGGAAAUGGAUAGUUCCAACACUAAUCAAAUUCUAUUCAAUGAUUUUUGUACUGCAUUAGAAAUUUUUGAUAUGGAAGAACAUCUAAUAACCAAAAUACCCAGUGUAGGAGGAAGAAUUUAGACCGAGAUAUAUCGUUUUUUAAUAAAAUUUACUUUUUAUUAAUAUCUUUCCAUGCUUCACUUUAUAAAACCUUUAAUCUUUCUAAAAUACCCAAAACAUUAGAAA